ACUUUAAUUACUUCCUGAUCCGUCCAUCCACGAGAGGGAUUUUCUUUAACAGUUUCACUUUCAUUUAGUGUGAGAAAUUGGAAAUCCGAUCACGGUUUGGUUUGUUAUCCAAUUUUUAAUUUUGGUUCAUUACACGGAAAAGCUAAAUUCUUUAGUUUUUUUGUUCCAAACGAAGAAACACGCCUGUAGGUCCACGGACCUAGAUUAACGACAGUCCGUAUUUCAACGAGGAACUGCGGAACAAUGAGUCUUUUGUUGUUAUUGCAAAUAACAUAGAGAUCAGUGAAGUUGGGUUUUUCUGAAAACAAACCUCUGAAGUUAUGGCUUGCACGUCACAGUCAGCCUUGGAAUAUGUUGAGAAUGCCAGACCUCACCUUGUUGGAGAAUUAAAGAGUCUCUCAGUGAUUCUUGAGAACUUGUAUCAGCAAAAAGUUCUCAUUGAUGAAGAGGUCAGCAAGAUAAAGGCAGAGAAAGAUGACUAUGACAGAACCAGAGCAUUACUGGACUCAGUCAUUAGAAAAGGUAAAGCAGCCUGCUACAGGUUUCUAAGGAUUAUUGACCAGACGAGGAGGAGAACCUUAGAGAGACCAACUCCUCUUUUCAAGAACAGUCAUGAAGCUUCAACUGAGGCUACAAAGUUUGACCUGCACCACUGGAUCAGCUGCUUUCCUUUCAAAGAAGAUCCAGAAAUGCAGCAAAACUACAUACGAGGUCCAAGGCCAUGCUGCAAUUAUCAGAAGAAGUUAAAAUCAAAAGCAAAAAAAUUAUCAGAGAAUUUCUGGAGGACAAGUAAAGAUCUUUUUGGAGAAGACAAGAAGCCUGAUGUGUUUUACAGUGCACUUGUAUUUGAUAUCCAAGGAAAGAUUUCUCCAUCCAAAAUAAAGAAAUUUAAAAACAAUAAAAGCAAGAAGUCCCGUCCUAAAAAGUUAAGGACUUAUAUUCCAGAGAAUAAAGCAGAAAUCUCCCCCAGUGACCUGCUGAAAACAGAUAAAAACAUCCUCCUGGUCGGGAAACCUGGAAUUGGAAAGACGGCGCUGAGUCAUGAAAUAUUGAGACUGUGGUCAGAAAGAGACAAUAAGGAGCUGGAUUACAUGUUUUUCUUUGAUAUGAGGAAAUUAACCAACAUCCCCCCAAUCACGAGUUUGGAGGAUCUUCUUUUCACUGCAUGCAGUGAACCAGAUGAGGGCAAAGAUGAAGUCUUACAUGACAUAAAGAGCAACUCUGAUAAUGUUACAGUAAUUUUGGAUGGAGUCACUGAUUUCUCUACAUCGGUUGUGGAGAAACUUAUAGACAAAGAUUUCUUACCUGAUGCUAAAAUCAUCAUUACCUGCAGACCAGAAGAUGAGGAAUACCUUUGUCCUGAAGACUGGCUCAGAGUGGAGGUGAAAGGCUUCAGUGAAGAAACAAUAAAGACAUAUUUGUCUUCAACUCUGGGUGAAGCUCACAGGAAGGUCCUGAGUAACGUGGAGCUGUUGACUCUUUGUCAUGUUCCAAUGUAUGCACUGAUGGUGGCUGCCAGCUUUUCAUCAGAAGACUCUCUGCAGCCCAGAACUGUGACUGAAAUAUACAUCAAUAUUGUUCGAUUUGGUCUUCAGAUGAACAGCAACAAAACCAGGAUCAGGAAUCUCAAUCAGUUCAUCAAAACCAAGAGAAACGGAAUCCUGUCUCUGGCCGAAGCUGCUUUUAAUGCAACCGAAAGAAAAGCUGUGAACCUGGAAGAACUUUCCUGUGAAGACAGCUGCGUCCUUUCCUUCCUGAAAACACUUGAUGUAAAAGUUCCUCCUACUGAAACCAAAACUCUCUAUGCUUUCCUCCAUUACACCAUGCAGGAGUUUUUUGCAGCUCUGUGGCUUUUGAAGAAUCCUGAUAAGGUCAGGGAUGUUUUCCAGCAGUGCCUCACUGAGGAGAAGAAACACAUGAAGCAUCUGAUCCCGUUCAUGUGCCGUUUGUUGAAUGAGAAGAGUCCACGUUUGAUGAGCUGUUUGAUUCCAGCUGAGGAGAUCAAGGAAACAUCUGGAUGGUUCUUCAAAGAGAUAAUUGGCACAUUUUUCUCCAAAGAUGAAGACACUGAACUUGAUGUUGAUAUACUGUUCUUAUGCCAAUGUUUAUACGAGUCACAGAGCUCUGAAAACUGUAUUACCUUUCUGGACAAACUGGACUUCCAUCUUGACCUCAGAGGAGAGAAUCUGGACCCUUAUUCCUGCUGUGCUGUGGCCUAUGUGGUCACUCAGUCAAAGGAAAGGAAAAUAAGUCUGAACCUUCAGGAUGUGACGAUGUCUCAGCAAGGAAUGAGACAUCUGUUUGGAUGUAUUGAAAAUGUUCAAUGGGUUUACCCUCUGCCUCAGCAGUUGUGGACUGUUGUCUUUCUCAGUGAAGGGCUGACAGAAUAUAUGACAUUAUUGCAUCGAUGUGGAAACCAGCUGUAUCUUCCAGUUGAAGCUUUGAUCCUCUGAGCUCAGAUCCUGAUGAACAAACCAGGUUGUUAGUGAAUCUGUUCUGUGCAGCAGCAGAGAGAGAACAGCAGACAGGAGAGAAGAUGCUGGAGAUGUUAGC